UGCUGCUUUUUUUGUGUCAAAGUGAAAAUUGAACAUGGCGUAUGUGAAAAGAUUGUGCGAUUUUCAAAAUUAUUCUGUGGCUUCCAGCACCAACAAUUAACUUAAUUAUUGGCCUUUUAAGUUUGCAAAAAGCAAUAAAGUUUAAUAUGAAAGCUUUUUUAUUUCUAAUUGUGAAGCUUUUGUGCAUUAUUUUUGUGUUUGGAGCGACCAAAUCAAAAGGAUAUUCGAGCAAAUAUAUAAAUGACUUUAACAAAUCAGCAUCACCAGAUUUUGAUUAUGAUUUGACCAAAAAUGUCUUGUCAGACGAGAUAAAGACGCCUGAUGAGACGAAACAACAGCAAGAUGAUAAUUUGGAAAUUUAUCCAGAUCCAGAAAUUUUCCAUCGACGACUGCUGAAUAAAACUAGGUUUGGGGAUCGACAUGAUGAGACUCUUAUCAAAAUUUACACUACUCGUGUACGGCAGUCAAGGAAGGAAAGAUUGAGGAACAAUCAGUCGCAAGAUUUAAAUAAUGAGGAUUUAAAUGGACAUGACUUCAUCGAUUCCAUCAUGUUCAUCUAUUAUUACGGAAAGAGUCCGAGAAGUUGGCAGGAUCUAGGUAGACGAAUUGUAAUAAUUGGAGCAUGUUUUGCUAUCGGUGCUCAAAUCCUCACCAUCAUCCUUGUCACACUUCGCAAUCGACGAUUACGUAAAUCAAAUGCCUUCUUUCCAAUCACUAUGAAUCUCCUGAUUAUGCUGUUCUUGUCAAAUCUUCUCUUCAUCAUUGGCGUUCACUCAAAUAAAAAUCCUUUGAGAUGUGAGAUGAUUGCUCUAGUCUUGCAUUAUUUAUACUUAACAACGAGCGUUUGGUGCUUUGUAUUCAUUGCAAUCAUCUACGAUUUAAUAAUUAAUGAAUAUUUGCGGCUUAAAAUGAGAUUUAUUCUCUUAAUAGCAUAUGUUGGGCCAGCUAUUUAUGUCAUGUUCUCCUAUGCCGCAGCAUCCAACAGUUUAGAAUACCAAAAAUACUGCUUCAUGUCUAUCCAUAAAAACAUGAUAAUUAACUUUCUCAUACCAAUAUUCCUACUUAUCGUAUUUACAACAAUCCUCGGCACAAUUUGUCUGAAGCACAUCAAAGAUAAAAAUCGUGAUAUUUUAGACUCGACAAGCAAUGGAGUUGGUACGAUUAUGAAUAACGGACAGAAUCUUGACAAAUGUAUCAGCGAUAAAGAGAUUUUAGCGAGUUAUUACAUGAAGACGUCAACAUUCACAACUCAGCAGCUCAAAUGCUGUGAUGAUCAUGCGCACGAUGAUAAUUUUUUUAAAUCAAAAACAGAUUUGUAUGACUCUAAAUUUGAUUUGGGUCAGCUGUCAUUGGCAGAUUUAUCUGACUCAUCGUCAACAACAAGUAACAGUUGUGAUUAUACAAAUUUCAAGAAUGCUACAAAGUUCUCAUUGUUUUUUCAGCCAGUAUUUGCAAUAUGCUGGUUCAUUGGUGUUGUAGCUUUAGAAAAUAUACAAUCGUAUGCAUUUCCUACAGUCUUUGCGAUACUGUAUAAUAUUUUGAACUGGAGCAUUUUGCUGAAGUCACGAAACAUUCUUCCAUUUAUGAAGCAUUUCUAUGAAGUCGAGCAAAUAGAAAAUGCAGCAAAUGAGCAGGAAGAGACAGACGAGGAUAAUAAUAAUCAGUUGGCUCGAAAAGACAGCAAGAACAUGAAGAACAAUAAAAAUUUGCUUAAUCAGCUCUUCUUGAACUCCAACACUGAGUCAUCUUUAGUCCUUGCUAGCUCAAAUGGUCUACAUCGUACAGACCAAAUUCCAUUAUUAUAUCAAACGCAAUUUAAUCAUCGUAAAUCUAUUGCCAAUUUGGAAUUAACGAAGGCAGAUUUUCAUUUUGAGAAGCAUAAAAUUAAUAGUCGUAGUGAACAUGACUUGCUGUUUCAACAGCAACUUGGACAUAUGUUAACGAAUGGAAUUGAGAAUGUAAUAGGAUGCGGACCGAUAAGAAAUUCAUGGGAUAUGAAUUUAGAUCGUGUAAGCACAAUAAGUAAUUAACAUAUCCACAUUGUAUUCGAUUAAUCUAGCAGUCGAUCGCUAAAUGUCAAGGAAUCUUCAAUAAAUAGCUCCUUGACAUUUAAGCUUUUCCAAAAACAAUUAAAUUAAAAUUUUUGAAAUUUCUGCUUUCUUCCAAUAAAUGCAAAACUUUAAAUUCUUUAAAAAUCUGAAGAAAAGAAACGUUCAAAAAAUCACAAAAAAAUUAUUCAAAUUUCCUAUUCAUUGUUGAGCUUUAAUAAGCAAUUAUUUUGUUAAAAAAAAUCGAACAUGAAUGUCAAA